AUUUAAAGACCACCACACACACACAGAUGCAAACUAACACGCACACACCCAGUCCAUGACUCAUGCCAUUUGACAAAGAUGCGGUGCAGCAGUUAGGGGUGGGAGAGUGAAAAAAGCGGAUGUGUGAGUGUGUCUCCGCAAGAUAAAGAUAGAAGCUUGUAGAAAAACCUGGAUUAUAAUCCUCUGCUUUGGCUGUGAAACUGUGUGGUGGGGGGAGACAGGAUGUCAAGCCAACCAGAGAGGAGCAUUUUUGGGUCUAUGGGAGCCAGACACCAAAAGCGAGGGAUGCUUUAUUUUAUUUUUUGCUUUAUUUUUAUCACGUGCACUUUAAAUCACUAGCAUUACUUGUUAGCAUGAUUUAAAAGCGGGGCAACAUGCAGGAAACACAAGAUCCUUCCAGACGAGGGCCAAGCAUCUUGGGGAAGGCUCAUCCAGCUCUCAAAGCCUUUAUGUGCGGCUCCCUCAGCGGCACCUGCUCCACGCUGCUCUUCCAGCCGCUGGACCUGGUUAAGACGCGACUGCAGACCCUGCAGAACAACGCCAAGCCAGGGUCACCAAAAGUGGGGAUGCUUAGUGUUUUCGUCAACGUGAUAAGGACAGAGAACGUUUUCAGCCUGUGGAAAGGAGUUUCACCGUCAUUUGUUCGCUGCAUCCCCGGGGUGGGCAUCUACUUCAGCACCUUCUACUCCCUCAAGCAGCACUUCUUCCUGGAUCGGGCGCCCAACGCCUGGGAGGCCGUGUUACUGGGUGCCAGCGCCCGAUCUGUGGCCGGCGUCUCCAUGCUGCCAUUCACCGUCAUCAAAACGCGUUUUGAGAGUGGCUAUUACAACUACGUGAGCGUGGCUGGAGCUCUGAAGAGCGUGUACGAGACGGAGGGAUUGAGAGCGCUGUUCUCUGGCCUCACCGCUACUCUGCUCCGAGACGCCCCCUUCUCUGGGAUCUAUGUCAUGUUCUACAGCCAGGCCAAGAAAACGCUGCCUCCAGAGGUGACGUCGUCAUUCUACGUCCCCCUGGUGAACUUCAGCUGUGGUGUGGUGGCAGGCGUCAUGGCGUCACUGGUCACGCAGCCUGCAGAUGUGGUGAAGACCCACAUUCAAGUCAGCCCAUCACACUGGAGCACGCUGGAUGCAAUUAAUUACGUGUACAAGGAGCACGGCUUGGCCGGGUUUUUUCGCGGCGCUGUACCUCGGUCUCUGCGGCGUACUCUGAUGGCCGCCAUGGCCUGGACUGUCUACGAGCAGCUGAUGGCUCGAAUGGGCCUCAAAUCCUAAAGAUUCUGAUAUAUUUUGACAAUUUUCUAAUGGAAGGAGUGUGUGUAUGAGUGUGUAAGUGUAUAAAUGCUAAUUUAUUUGUUGGUAAAAAUGUAAAUUUGUA